CGACAAUGAUGACCGUGUUCAUGUUGCUGAUUCUGAACCAAUAGAUGAUUUAGGCGAUUUAGAGCCAUUACAACAAUGCUUUACCAAGAGCCAUUUAAACAACAUCAUACAUAAAAGUGACAUUCUUAUAGAGAACAAUCAUGUACAAGAAUUUCCACCCAAUUCCUAUGUUGUAAAAAGUGAGACUGUUGGUGUGCACUUCAUAGAAAGGUGCAAAGAUUCAUUUAAAUGCCCCUGCCAAUCAUUUUCAAAUAGAAAAUUUUGUGCACACGUCCUUGCAGUGGCUCGGACAAACAACAUGGUCACAAGUCAAGUACGCAAGUGUUUAUACUUCACACCAAAUCUCUCAAAAUUAGACGAAGUAAAAACGCAAAAUCGCAUGGGAGGGAAAUCCAUUAAAAAACAAUACAAAAAAAUAAUACCAUUCUCCCCGGAAAAGCCUAUUGUAGAAACUGAAAGUCAAAGUCAAUCAAGUCAAAAGUAGUCAGCAUGUGAGAAACCUCUGCAGCGAGAGGGGAAAACCGUGGCGACUGUCAAAUGAGCCAUGGUUUGCUCUAAAGAGGGUGGAUACCAGAGCAAGAAAGUGUGCAGGUUGCAAAUCACCAUUUAGCUCAGAAUAUAUCAUUUUAAAGCACAAGGAAAAAGAUUUUCUUGCUGGCACUGAUAUCGUUACCCCCCUAGCAGGUAACAGGUAUUAUCAUUUAAACCAAAUAUGUGUUCAACUAAGACACGGGAACUAUUACGCCAUUGAACAAUUAAUGUCUGAAAACUUGUCCGAGAAGGAGGUUGAGAAUGCAAAAAGCAAAAUGUGCUAGAUAUUGACCAGUGAACCAGCUGUUAAAUGCGUAACAUAUAAAUCUUAUCUUGAAACGUCAAUUGAACAGUUGCAAUAAUCUACCGAAUCACGUGGGUAGCCCAUUGUCUGAUUGUGUUUUCCUUACUUUUAAAAUUAGUAAACAGUGUACUUUAGCGUUUGAAAGUCAAUAAUAC